UAGAUCUGUCAGUUUUGUUGCGUUCACAGGCGAGGAGUCAACAUUCACGAUUCAUGACUCACUCUACUCAGGGAGCAACACAAUAUUACUAGAAAAUGUCCAUAUCGGAUCCUCUGAUCAAAGAACUGAAGGGACAUGUCUUGGAGGCAACAAAGGCUAGCUCAAAUGGAGCUAUUUUGGAUAUUCAUCCAUUUCUUCUUCCACUCUGCCAAGUCCUAGAGUCAAUUUUUCGUAAAGGCUUAAACAACAUUGUCCACUCCGCAUUUGGUAUCACAAGAAGAGAUUACUGGGCAUGGAUAGACAAGACAGCACAGACAUCAGCAGGUUUGCAAGGGAACUUCAAGAGAAUUGUGGAGGAAGUGUCCAGCAACCCAAGCAUAAAUACCCCUCAAGGCCGUGGCAGGCUAUUCAUUAGACAUGCUCUCAAAUCAAAAUGUCUUCAUGUGCCAGUUGAAACCAUUGUUCGUAUGAAGUGCAAUGAAGGUAUUUAUGAAGAAGACUCUAUCAUAGGAGAUGAGAUUUUAGGAGAGAUUUUUCUGAGUUUGCUGUAUCAGUGUUCCCACCUCCAUUUCGACCUUAAGUUGGAAAAUGCUUCCUUCCUGGAUGAGACAUGGCAACUCCCCCAAUACCAGGAAUAUGAAUUGGUGCCUUGCAUGGACCUGGGAGUCUAUCUUGGUCAUGUGAGUGGAAGGGCCGUUGUGGUCAAGGUGGAGGAUGGAAGCGUGGCAGCAGAAGAUAAUAAGAUUGAAGUAGGAGAUGUCAUAGAUGAAGCAUUUGGCAUUUGCAUUAAUGGGUGGCGAAGGGGGCGUGUUACAGCUCUUCUGCGGCAGAAGAGGGGGCUUCCAGUGACACUUAAGGUCAUUAAGGGUCACUAUCCUAAUGGAUCUGUCUUCCCUGGGGUAAUUCCACUCCUUCGACGCCUCCACCUCGAUGUGGAUAGUCUCCAAGAGCGGUUUAGGGAAGCUGCGCUUUCUGAGAGUCAGGAGACUUCUUUGACAGGCAGCCACAUAGG